GAUCAACACAUUCAGACUUUUAUUAUUAUACUAUCAUGUCUGUUGUUGCUACAAAUCUCGGUUUCCCUCGCAUGGGUGCUGUUCGUGACCUUAAAAAGUUGGUCGAAGCCUACUGGGCUAGCAAGAUCUCUUGCGACGACCUGCUUGCUGGUGCCAAGGCACUUCGUGCUACUCACUGGAAGCUUCAGAGUCAAGUUCUCUCUGCUGGAUAUGUUCCAUCCAACGACUUUUCCAUGUACGACCAUGUUCUUGACCAUGCCUUCCUGUUUGGUGUCAUUCCCGAUCGCUACCACUCUAUUCCCAACAAGAUUGACCAAUACUUUGCUAUGGGUCGUGGUUUGCAGCGUCCCGCUGAAGGAAUCGAUGUUCCUGCUAUGGAGAUGAAAAAGUGGUUCGAUACCAACUACCAUUACAUUGUUCCCGAGUUCUCUUCAUCCACCAAGUUUAGUCUGAACACUCUUAAACCCGUUGAAGAGUUCCUCGAGGCCAAAUCUAUUGGUGUUGCGACUCGUCCUGUUUUGCUUGGUCCCAUUUCGUUCCUUUUGCUCGGAAAGGGCGACAAAAACGCUUCGGCCGGAUUUGAUGUUCUGUCGCUGCUCGACUCUUUCCUGCCUGUAUACACCUCGCUGCUUACUAAGCUGCAAGAGGCCGGUGCUACUCACGUCCAGAUCGAUGAGUCUAUUCUUGCUCUCGACCAGCCCGCCUCUCUCAAGGCUGCUUACACCAAGACCUACGCUGCUAUCCGUGCUGCUUGCCCCAAGCUCAACAUCAUGGUUGCUUCGUAUUUCGGUACUAUUGGAUCCAACCUUGAUUUCAUUGCUGAUCUUCCCAUUGAUACCAUUCACGUUGACCUUGUCCGUGCUCCCGAAGAUCUUGACCUUGUCCUUGCUCGCAUUGCCGGAUCAACCAAAUCUGUUUCUGUUGGUGUUGUCAAUGGCCGUAACAUUUGGAUGAACGAUCUUGCCAAAUCUAUUGCCACUGUCAAGAAGGCUGUUGCUGCUGUCGGUGCUGCUCGCGUUCUUGUUGCUCCUUCUUGCUCGAUGCUCCAUUCCCCACACUCUCUCGAGUCUGAAAAGAAGAUGAACCCCACCAUCAAGGCGUGGAUGUCAUUUGCUGUUCAGAAAUUGCACGAGCUCCAGAUCAUUGCCAAGGCUGUUUCAGACCCAUCUUCUGUUGCUGCCGAGCUUGCUGCCAACAAGGCUGCCAUUGAGGACCGCAAGGUUUCCCCUCUGAUCCACGACCCCAAGGUUCAGGAAGAGCUCAAGAACCUUUCUCCUGCCAUGUUCAAGCGUCAACACGAGUUUGCUGUUCGUGAAGCUGUUCAGAAGACUAAGCUCAAUCUGCCUGCUUUCCCUACCACCACUGUCGGAUCAUUCCCUCAAACCAAGGAUGUCCGUGUUGCUCGUCAAAAGUUCAAGAAGAGCGAGUGGACUCAGAAGCAGUACGAUGACUUUGUCAAGUCUGAAAUCGAAAAGACUGUUCGCUUCCAGGAGAACGUCGGUCUUGAUGUUCUUGUCCACGGUGAGUUUGAGCGUAACGACAUGGUUGAAUUCUUCGGUGAGCACCUCAAGGGUUACGUCUUUUCCGAGAACGGCUGGGUCCAGUCCUACGGAUCUCGUUGCGUCAAGCCUCCUAUUAUCUUUGGUGAUGUCAGCCGUCCUACUGCCAUGACUGUUGAUGUCUCUGUUUACGCACAGUCUCUCACCACCAAGCCUAUGAAGGGUAUGCUUACUGGUCCCGUCACCAUGCUUCAGUGGUCGUUUGUUCGUGAUGAUCAACCCCGAAAGGACACUACUUUCCAGAUUGCACUUGCUCUGCGUAAGGAAGUAUGCGAUCUUGAAGCUGCUGGUCUUCCUGCUAUUCAGAUUGAUGAGCCUGCUAUUCGUGAGGGUCUUCCCCUUCGCAAGGAAGCUCAUGCCGCUUAUCUCGAGUGGGCCGUCAACUCCUUCUUGCUUUCCUCCACUGGUGUCAGGGACGAGACUCAGAUCCACACACACAUGUGCUACUCUGACUUUAACGACAUUUUCCAGUCCAUUUCCGACCUUGAUGCCGACUGCAUUACCAUUGAGAACUCCAAGUCUGACCUCAAAUUGUUGCGUGCCUUUGAGGCUCAUGGCUACACUCGUGGCAUUGGUCCCGGUCUCUACGAUAUCCAUUCUCCUCGUGUUCCACCUGUUACUGAGAUCAGGGAACGUCUUCAAGCCAUUUCCAAGUAUAUUGACGCUCGUCUUCUCUGGGUUAACCCCGACUGUGGUCUCAAGACUCGUGGCUGGGCCGAGACCGAGUCUGCUCUCAAGAACAUGUGCGAUGUUGCCAAGGAGUUCCGUGCAGCCAGCUCUGCUUAAUUCUUUACAUCCAUUUUAUUGAUUUGAUUCUGUUUUUUUCACCAUUCCUUUACCAUUGAUUGGAUUUAGCAUUUAUCUUGAAUAACAUAUUUUUAUUCUGAACCAUGUUU